UCAACCCCCACUACAACAACCACUACCCCAACUACAACAACCACUACCCCAACUACAACAACCACUACCCCAACUACAACAACCACUACCCCAACUACAACAACCACUACCCCAACUACAACAACCACUACCCCAACUACUACAACCACUACCCCAACAACCACGACCCCAACUACAACAACCUCUACCACAACUACAACAACCACUACCACAACUACUACAACAACUACCCCAACUACUACAACCACUACCCCAACAACCACAACCCCAACAACAACAACCACUACCCCAACAACCACAACCCCAACGACAACAACCACAACCACGAUCCCAACGACAACAACCACUACCCCAACUACAACCACUACCCCAACUACUACAACCACUACCCCAACUACUACAACUACUACCCCAACUACAACAUCCACUACCCCAACUACUACAACCACUACCCCAACAACCACAACCCCAACAACAACAACUACGACCCCAACUACAACAACCACUACCACGACCCCAACGACAACAACUACUACCCCAACAACCACGACCUCAACGACAACAACU